ACAGGUAAAGGGAGGGACACUGAGAGGAAUACUUGCAGAGCCAGCAGGGAGCUGAGCAGCUCCUUCCCGGACACUGGGGACCCUCUGCCUCUCUCCAGAUGGAAACUAAGAGGGUGUCAUGGGUCCAAAUGGCAAGAGGGUGACAUGACCUCACGGUAGCCCCCAGAAGUGAGGCCCCAGGAUGACAGAACCUGAGACCCUGCCCCUGCUGGAAGUGAAGGGGCCCGAGGCCCCAGAGAAGAGCCCACCCCAGGUCUUGAUCCCCAAUGGCGGGCAGCCAGAAGGGGAAGGCGGGGCUGAGUCCCCCGGAGCUGAGUCCUCUGGACUAGGGUCUUCAGCUGGGUCUCCCACAGCCGGAGAGGGGACUGAGGAUGGUCUAGAUAGCACAGUAAGUGAGGCUGCCACCUUGCCCUGGGGGACUGGCCCCCAGCCCAGUGCCCCAUUCCCAGAUCCCCCUGGCUGGCGGGACAUUGAGCCUGAGCCCCUUGAGUCAGAGCCACCCACCAAGCUAGAGGAGUUGCCUGAAGAUGAUGCCAGCCUGCUUCCUGAGAAGGCAGCCCGGGCCUUUGUGCCCAUCGACCUACAGUGCAUUGAGCGGCGGCCCCAGGAGGACCUUGUUGUGUGCUGUGAGGCGGGCGAGGGUGAGCGCCACCAGACCUUCCUGCCCCCCCGGGCCACCCACCCUGAGCCCUCAGAGCGCAAGUGGGCUGAGGCAGUGGUGAGGCCGCCUGGCCGCUCCUGUGGGGGCUGUGGGAGCUGUGGGGGCCGAGAGGGGCUGAGGGCCGUGGCCUCAGUGGGAGCUGCCCUCAUCCUCUUCCCCUGCCUGCUCUAUGGGGCAUAUGCCUUCCUGCCCUUCGAUGCCCCACGGCUGCCUACCAUGAGUUCCCGCCUCGUCUACACGCUCCGCUGCGGGGUCUUUGCCACCUUCCCCAUCAUACUGGGGCUCCUGGUGUACGGGCUGAGCCUGUUGUGCUUUUCUGCCCUACGGCCCUUUGGGGAGCCACGGCGGGAGGUAGAGAUCCACCGGCAAUACGUGGCCCAGUCGGUCCAGCUCUUCAUCCUCUACUUCUUCAAUCUGGCCGUCCUUUCCACCUACCUGCCCCAAGAGACCCUCAAACUGCUUCCUCUGCUCACUGGUCUCUUUGCCAUCUCCCGGCUGAUAUACUGGCUGACCUUCGCUGUGGGCCGCUCCUUUCGAGGCUUUGGCUACGGCCUGACGUUCCUGCCCCUGCUGUCCAUGCUGAUGUGGAACCUCUACUACAUGUUCGUGGUGGAGCCCGAGCGCAUGCUCACUGCGGCCGAGAGCCGCCUGGACUACCCCGACCACGCCCGCUCGGCCUCGGACUACAGGCCCCGCCCCUGGGGCUGAGCCGCUCCGCUCCACCCUCUUGCCCCCAGCCCGGGAACUCGGUGGGACAGACCUCGCUACUUUCCAACAGGGGUCCGCCCGAUCCAAUCAGAACCUGGACUGUCCCCUGCUUUCCCUUAGUCGGCGCUGCCCUUGACCUUUGGAGGCCAGGAUAGUUGUGAGGGAGGGACUUAGGCCGUAUUCUUAAAGGGAAAGGGGUGGGCAGCCAUGUCCCUUAAGGAUGCUGAGGGCACAGGACCAGGACCAGCAGAGACGUGGUUCCUUCCUGAGCAGCACCGCCCCCCCCCCCAACGCCCCCCGCGCUACUAGUAGCGCCCACCUCUGCUGGAAUCUGCUCCACUCUCCAGCCUCCUAUGAGGCAGCAGGCAGAGCCACAGCCAAAACUCUGACCAUUUCUGUGCUGGUUGUCUAAGCAGAGGGCCUCAAGGAGACUGGAAAGAUUGCCCAUGCCUAAAGACAGAGGCUGGGCAUCAGAUCAAAUAGAACUUUCACACUUGGUGAAAAACUUGCUGGGGUCUAGGGUUUAGGGCCCUCCAUGACUGGCCUUCAUAGGCCCUUUAGCCUCAGUCAAGAUGGUUACAGCUGCCCCAGCCCAGAGCUGCUGCCUCCUCCCUUCCAACCGAUUUAGGCCCCUGUAACUUCCCACCUCCAAACUGCCCAGAAGUCACGCCUCUCCCAUGGGAAGAGGAGCCAAAGGGAAACCUGCCUCCCAAGAGGGGUGUGUGUGUGUGUGUGUGCGUGUGCACGCGUCCUUGCAUGUGGUGGCUGGGUGGUUGGGAGGCAUAGUGGCUGAUGUGAACUCCGUGUGAGUGUGAGUGUGUGUGUAACAAUAAAUGACUACCACAGUC